AUGUCGUUUGCCACGAGAAUGUGGGCGCGUCGACUCGCCACCGCCACUCGCCCAUCGUCAUACACUAAAGCCAGAGCCAUGCCUUCCGCCGCUGCUUUCCGUCCCAUGCGUCAAUGGCGCGGCAUGGCCUCUGCUGCCAACCAAACCGUUGAGAAUAUCCCCAUCACCACCAUCACCGAAGACACAGAAGCCAGCGUCGCAUCCGAGGAUGAAGAAGCCAAAAUGCGCAACUUUACCGUCAACUUUGGUCCUCAGCAUCCUGCUGCUCACGGUGUGUUGCGUUUGAUUUUGGAAUUGAACGGUGAAGAAAUUGUUCGUGCCGAUCCUCACAUUGGUCUGUUGCAUCGUGGUACCGAAAAGUUGAUUGAAUACAAGACGUACUUGCAAGCAUUGCCUUACUUCGAUCGUCUCGAUUACUGUUCCAUGAUGACCAACGAACAGGCUUAUGCGUUGGCUGUCGAAAAGUUGCUCAACAUUGAAGUACCUGAGCGCGCCAAAUACAUCCGUACCAUGUUUGGUGAAAUUACUCGAAUUCUUAAUCACAUUAUGUCUGUCAUGUCCCACGCAAUGGAUGUUGGUGCUUUGACACCUUUCUUGUGGAUGUUUGAGGAGCGUGAAAAAUUGAUGGAAUUCUACGAACGUGUCUCGGGUGCCCGUAUUCACGCUGCAUACGUCCGACCUGGUGGUGUAGCUUCCGAUAUGCCCAUCGGUCUCUUGGACGAUAUCCAUGACUGGGCUUUACAGUUCGGCGAUCGUAUUGACGAAGUCGAAGAAAUGUUGAGCGGCAACCGUAUCUGGCAAAUCCGUACCGAGCGCGUUGGUGUUGUCACGACCAAGGAAGCUCUAGACUGGGGUUUCUCAGGUGUCAUGGUCCGUGGCUCCGGCUUCAAGUGGGAUCUCCGUAAGGUUGCUCCCUAUGAUGCUUACGAUAAGGUCGAAUUCGAUAUUCCCGUUGGUAAGAACGGUGAUUGUUUCGACCGUUACUUGUGCCGUAUGGAAGAGAUGCGUCAGUCCCUCCGUAUCAUUGGCCAGUGUGUCAAUCAGAUGCCCGCUGGUGUCGUUAAGGUCGACGACUGGAAGAUUGCUCCCCCUCCACGUGCUGCUAUGAAGGAAAACAUGGAGGCUUUGAUUCACCACUUCAAGCUCUACUCUGAAGGUUACUCAGUUCCCGCGGGCGAGACCUACACCGUCAUUGAAGCCCCCAAGGGUGAAUAUGGUGUCUUCUUGGUCUCUGAUGGCUCGAACAGACCUUACCGCUGCAAGAUUAAGGCACCUGGUUUCAACCAUUUGCAAGGUUCUGAUUUCAUGUCCCGUGGUCACUUGUUGCCCGAUAUGGUUGCCCUCAUUGGUACAAUGGAUAUUGUGUUCGGUGAAGUCGAUCGAUAA